AACGGCAAAUGUCUUAUCUAAAGUUCUAAACUGCCAGUCGGAGGUGAGCUGAAGCAGUCACCUCCGCUGACGGAGGGCGCGGCGUAGAAAUGAUUGGAGAAGAUGGUCGGCUAUUCCUCCUGCCUCUCCCUCCGGUUCACCUUCCUCCUCUCCCUAUCUCUCACCGCCUCCUACUCCGCCGCCUCUCGUUCCUCCCUGUCCCUCAAGUCAACCCCACCGCCGCCUCCCAAAACCCCUAAAGCCACCCCCUCCGAUCUGCUCUCCCUCCUCGGCCCCUCCGACCUCUCCCGUCAGGUCAACCCUCUCGUCGCGAGCGAGCUCAGCUCCUGCUUCAAAUUCCUCGUCCCAUUCCCUCCCGCAGCCUCCGGUUUUGGCUAUCAUGAUAAGGGCCGGCCCACCAGCCGGAAACUCAGUGGGGUCGGAAUCAGUAGUCGGAGGGAGGAGGAUCAGCUCAUCUGGUGGCCUCCGGAGCCGGUUCUUGAGCUGGCUCGCCUGGCCUUCGACUCCGGUGGCGACCCAGAUGCCAUUCAUCGCGCCCUCGAUCCUUCUAUCAUCCCUGUUCCUGAUAUCGAAGACUCUAAGGAGAACGGAUGUGAGCUGACUAGAACGCCAUAUGGAAGGCGCUUUUUAAGUGAGGAGCUGAAUUUAUACUUGGAAUUUUUAUUCGAGCUAAUUGUUGCUCGAGGUCCUGCUGUAGGGUUGAAUGUCUCAUUGAAUCGCUAUGACUUCUUUCACGGCCACCUUUUUCUCACUACUGACACAGGGAGACUUGGUAUCCUGUUUCACGCAAAGGAGUACCCAGCUUACGAUAAGAAAGUCUUUCCAUACUACAUGGGUUACUGUCAAAAAGGUUCUGAUGUGAUUUAUGAUGAUUCCAUGAAUUUGAGGAACAUUCUCUGGCUUGCGCCAUUGCCAAGCGAGUCACCUAAAUCAUGGGCUGCACCAGGCGUGCUUGUUGUGCUUGAUGCUCGCCCAGGGGGAAUCAUAUUUAGGGAUCUCAUACCCGAAUAUGUAAAUAUUGCGAGGACCAUUUAUGAAGAUGAUUUAGGGACUGUGGCAGUCGAUGUUAACUACUUGAAUGUAGGAGGCGCAGUCCCCGAUUACCAAAUUUUCAUUUGCUGACAACUCCUUCCUCCGAAGGCAAGUAAUCUUGCUCUGGAUCGAGUGUCAUCUUCAGAGGCAAUGCCUAUUGCCAUUUGGCUUCAAGGAUGUAAGAAUUCAGAAGAAGGGGAAGAGCAGCAUAUCAUAGCGGAAGUAUAGCGUAAACCCAAUCUAUAUUCACUUGUUCAUGAACUCUGAGUUUUUUCUGCUUGUAUAUCAGAGGUUAACGUUUAGCUAGACUUUCCCAAGAAAUGAUUUUGGACUAUCGCUAGACGGACAUAUUUAACCGGGAAUAAUCUAUAUUUUGCUUAAGUUUUAUGCUGAAACUACAUCGAGUUUUUUUUUUUUUUUAAUAUUAAUAUACAUGUAGCAUUACCACCAAGGUCUGGCGGUCUAGUGGAAUAACCUGGAUUGGUUUGGUUGCUA